AUGGCGGUAGUGAGUGAGGAUUUGUUGGUUGAGGUAUCUUGGAAUUGUUUGGUCUGUACACUGGAAAACAAGCCAGCCAACUCUAAAUGUUCAGCUUGCUUUACUCCAAAGCCAUCAUCCAAUGGAGUAACAUCAGAACCUACAGCAAGUGUUGAGAAUCCUUCAUUAGCAUGUGAAGGAAAUAAGAACAUUCAGAUGUCAUCAGCUUUAUCACCUUAUUUAAUAACCAGUUCAGCCUCUCCAGAAACUGAAAAAAUUCCCAAUAUCGUUUAUGGAAAUGGAAAACGUCCAUUGGAUGCAACACCUGGAAAAAGCUGCAAAAUUGGAAAAUACACAUUUAAAAGGAUAUCUGAUGUUGGCUCUGAAACCUCAUCUCCAAUGCUGUCAUCAGAACCCAGUCCUUCAAGACCCAAAUUGCAAGGCUCUCCAAUAUUUGCGAAGUUGAAUCUCCCAGAUGUGCAACACUGUAGAAAUACAUUCAGUGUUGGUCAGGAUAAAGACACAUACCAGAAAGAUGAAGAACAAAUACUAGUUUGCUCAGGUCAUGGGAAUCCUGUAAAAAAAGCAGUUGUGAAGCAGGGAGAGAACAGAGGACGUGUAUUUUAUACCUGCAGUUUACCCCAGAUGAAGCAGUGUAAAUAUUUCCAGUGGGCAGAUGAUCAUCAUCCUUUGUGCUGUCAUGGAAGGAUAUCAGUGAUACGCACAGUUAUGAAGCUGAAUUCAAAUAAUGGAAGACAAUUUUACUGCUGCUCUUUGCCAAAACCCAAACAGUGUGAUUUUUUUGAGUGGGUCACCAAGACAUCUUAGUACUGUGUACUUUGCAUCAUACUUUUGAAAAUAUGAUUUGGUUGUGAAUGAGGUAAUUAAAUAUCAGUGCAGUGUAAUAAAUUUCUAAGCAUGGGAUACUAGUUAUUUAAAUUCCAAAGUAAAAAUUUCACUGUUACAUGAAUAUUGCAUUUAGUUGCUGCAAGUUUUAUGUAAGUUUUGCCUUAUCUAUCAAGGAGCUCACUUCCAGUCUUUAGCUGUCUGCUAUGUUUUGUUAAUUAUUUAGAGAGUGGUUCUAACAGAUUGAAGUAUUAAUAUUUGUAACUUUUUAUGAUUCAUGAUUAAUAUGAUUUAUUGGUCAGUUAUGUUAGCUUGCCAGCUACAUUGUAUUCUUCUUGUCAUAUCCUUUGAAGGAUAAUUGUACUUAUUUAUUUUUAUGAAAGUUGACAAUUAGCAGGAUUGGUAUAUUCAACUGUCAGAUUUAUGAGACUUGCUUGUCUAGUUUUAAGAAGUGUAACUAGAAUUUUCUAGAUUCUGAAACCUUGUGGUUUAGCAAAACUAUAAUACAUAUAGUCCUAUAGUUUGCUGGGGUUUUCAGCACCCAAUUUUUACUAUUUUUAGGGAAAAAGUAUACUGUAUUGGGUGAAGUGAUAUGUCUUUUGGGCAGUUUAUGUAACUAAAAUGAUUUAAUUUUUUACUUCCUUUAAAAUAUGUCUGGGUCAUUAAUUAUUUAGCUUUGCGAGCAGUAAUGGAGAAUAGGUGAAUAGAAGUCUUGUUUUCAAAGUGCAGCAAAGAAAUAAAUUAGCAGUAUAUUGAAGAGCAGGAUUAAUGAAGGACUACCACCACAUUACGUUA